AUGUCUCACGCUCGCUCACACUCUCACAAACAAAUGAUCUGGAAAGACGCCUUGCUGCCAACGAGGCUGUCGUCGGAAACUGGCCCGGCGGCACUCAUUGGGGCCCCGCAGCCACCAGACUACUCUUCCGCGGGGAGUGCGUUGGCGGAAGGACAAAACACAAAGGCUCCGCUCGCCACCAUCCAAGGCUAUGCGGCUGGAAACAAGAAUAGAGCCAUCGCCGGAAAAGCGGUAGAGCCAGAGGAGACCAUCACUCAUUUUAUUUGGCCACUUGGGGGUGGCUACUUUUUUUUUCUUUCACUACUA